GUGGUAUCUCAGGCCAGUGCAAGCAUGCAGCGGCAGUGGUUACGUUCGUCAACAAGGAAGACACCUCGACAAAGACGUCUGUCGAGAACGUAUGGAAGAGGCCAUCUGCCAAGCAGCUGGGAAUGUACAACAAGGAAGUCUUGUUCUCCGAGAUGUACCCUCCUAAACCCCCAGAUCAGAAGCUGGUGAGGCAACCCGUGCCCAGAGCCAUCAUCGACUCAAACUGCCCUUUGGGCAUCAUGCUACGCCAAGAGCAAGAAAUAGCCGAAAACCUGGCUCAUUUGGACAAGGUGCUCGGACGGCUAGGACAGCCGAGCAAUAUAUUUGGAGCAGAAAGCACCCCAGUCGAAGAAGUAAGCGAUGACUUUCUUCUCAAGGUCGUGGUCACUGAGGAAGAACGCAAUGACAUCGCUAAGCAGACAAUUCUGCAAAGUGGAUGCCCGCAGUGGCAUUGUGCGCGGGCUUUGAGAAUUUCUGCCAGCUCCAAAGCUCACCGUAUCAAGAUACGUCAAGCGGACUUCGAGAGCUUGGCACAACAACUUGUUACGCCGCGAUCUUUCAAAAGCGCUGCAUGCGCAUAUGGAAUAUCAAUGGAACCAGUUGCACGAAAAGAAUACGAGUCCAAAACGGGCCGCAAGGUGAUUCAAGUCGGACUUGUGAUCAGCACUUCGCAGCCGUGGCUGUGCUGCAGUCCCGAUGGCUUGAUUGAUGAAGAAGGAAUCCGCUUGCUGGAGAUCAAGUCCCCUUACAGGUGCGAGUCACGGCCUGUAGUUGACCGCGAUAUCAACGUCGACUAUCUCCACUUCAAUGGAAAAAACCUGCAACUACGAGAAAGUCACCCCUACUACACACAGGUUCAAAUAAGCAUGUAUGUAGUAGGUGCGAGCAGAUGCGACUUCUACGUGUACUCGCCAAAGGGGUCAAAAUGUAUGGAAGUAAGAAGGGACGAUUCCUUUCUGGAAGAAGUCGUGCCAGAAUUGGAGUGGUUUUUUUUUAGGCACUACUUCCCUGCUGCGCUGAGGCAGCAAAGUUUGUGUUAA